AUGCAGUGUCUGUUACCGAGCGCCGUUUUCUUAGCCACAGCUAAUAAAACACGUCUCUUCGUGGAUAAAGUGCAAUAUUUCCUUUUCAAGCCUUUUUGGUGUAAAAUGCUGUGUUCGCCUACUUGUUGUUCGGAGAAGCGCGUGUCGCAAUGGGACGAGCUAAUGAGAAAGUUUUCUCGGGAACAUGAAAAGGAAUGUAGGCAAACAAUACUGAAAAUACCUCAAGCUUAUCGUUCGACCAAAUUUUUUCCUACGGGGUCCCAGUACGAAGGAUCUUGGGACAUAUUGGGCAUGAGCGGCUCUGGAACAUACACUUUUCCUAACGGAGUUAUCUACGAAGGCGAUUUUGAAGAUGGAAUGUUUCAUGGUGCCGGCCAGCUAGAGUACCCAGACGGCACACUAGUGACUGGAGUGUUCAAAAAGGGGGUCAUUACUAAUAGAAAAUUAAUCUUUCCUGAUGGAUUGAUAUACGAGGAACAAAACUGGGGCUAUUGUAAGAUGCCUGAUAGAAGAUAUACGGCGGAAUAUGAUAAUGGUAUCGAACCAGCUGGCAGAUCCAACAUUACUGCUGAAAUGCCGCCACGUGAGAUACCACCCGGGUUCUACGACACCGGAGAUGGGUUUUAUGACCCUAAAACUUUGUCGGUAUAUAAGGCUGAUGAUUUAUCUUGCGUGUUGAGGUCUCCAUCAGAACACGAGCAGAAAUGGAUUGUAGCCAACUGUCGUACCGCUCCAGAGACGGUUUUAGGACCUCGCAUAGACUUGUACGAAGAGUGGAUGGUACCUGCACUUCAACUUCCUCAACCACCACCCCCUGCUGCGUCCACCCAAAUGAUGAUGAUGAACGCAAAACGAUCUACACAUGCGAGCUACGCGUCUGCGUCUAGCGCAGACAUGAGAGAUACAUUUGGUGCCCAUAGACCUCAUAAACUGAGCACCUACCAAGGAUAUGAAGCAUCCAACGACACAAGCGUUAGCCGAGAUCAAUCGAUCGCCUCUAAACUUACUCACACUUCACAAAGACUUGAUAAAGUUAAAAGUAACACAAAAUCAGAAAAUACUAAAUUAAAAUUUUCAACUGUACCUAAAAAUUAUAGUGAUCUUUUUAGUCGAAAUAUUAAUGUAGCAUUAGCAACUUUAUUUCAAAAUCCCAAAGAUCCAGCAUUUAAACAUUCAGAUAAUAAAACCGAUAAAAAGGUAACUGAAUUUGAAACGUAUAAAGAUCAGUAUGUCCAGAUGCCUACUAUGCCGAAAAGAUUUUGUGGUGUCUUACCUGACGAUUCUGUUGACAUACUGCCGAGUCAAGCAUCAUGUUUCAAGUAUGAUGAAGACUCUGAUGCCAAAGUAUUGGUUAAACCACAGUCUAAAGGUAUCACGUCCAGCUUAUUAAUGUUUAGUACUGUUGCCAAUGCUAAUGAAGAUAAAAUUACUUCUAGAAAACCGUCAAAAAAAAUAUCUGAAGUAUAA